ACACAAUAGUUCCAUUAUGAGUGACACAUUUCCAGUCCAUUUAAAAUUAACUCAUUAUUCCCUUGCCCUUUUCAACACUCUUUUAACCGUCAUGACACGUCAUCACGUCCGCUUCAUUUUUGGUAAAAGGCGCCUGUGCCAGCCAGCGCAUAACAAAGAAAUGUUGCGUUCACUCCUCGUUUCAAGUCGAAGAAGCACUGGUAGGGGUGCGUUUAUGUUCGAAGCCCUUUGUGUCCGGCAGCUUCACCAUGGCGUGGACUCUGCAGACGUGCAGUAUGACGGACUGUACCCAGGCCACAUCCCCACCAGCCCCAUCCAGAAAGCACUGUUGGCUGUCGGCUCCGGGGUGGCAGCUCUGCAAGACCCCUACAGACAUGACAUGGUGGCAGUGCUGGGAGAGACGACAGGACACCUGGCCCUGAUGACGCUUCGGGAUCGAAUGAGAGGAGACCCUGAGGGCUAUACCAUUCUAACUGAGCGCCCACGGAUCAGACUAUCCACAUUGGAUCUGUCCAAGAUGGCUUCCCUUCCAGAUGGAUCCUUUGGGAGAGAGUACCUGCGCUUCCUUGAGGACAAUAGGGUGACCCCUGACUCGAGGGUGAACGUGAAAUUUGUAGAUAAUGAGGAGUUGGCGUAUGUCAUGCAGCGGUACCGAGAAGUCCACGAUUUACUGCACACCUUACUAGGCAUGCCCACUAACAUGCUGGGUGAAGUGGCAGUAAAGUGGUUUGAGGCUGCUCAAACUGGCCUGCCCAUGUGCAUCCUGGGAGCAGCGUUGGGACCGCUCCGUCUGUCCACAAGUCGUCUGGAGCCCUUGGUGACGUCCCUGGGACCGUGGGCUGUGAGGAAUGGCCGGCAGGCCCGCUGUGUCUUCAGCAUCUUCUACGAGCGCCGCUGGGAGCAGAGUCUGGAGGACCUGAGAAAGGAGCUGAACAUCGAGCCUCCCCCGCUCACCAUCACGGCCACCAGCCAGAAAGCCACAUUAGAUUUGUAGCACUGACCUCGAAUGUCAGAGGUCACUGUACAACCA